AUGUUCUUGACUUCUCCUGAUAUUGAGAUUCAAGAUGCCUUUAUCAAUCCAAUUGACUUUGAAGAUGUGAUUGCCGAACCUGCAGGAACCCACAGUUUCGAUGGGAUCUGGAAGGCCAGUUUCACCACCUUCACUGUGACAAAAUACUGGUUUUAUCGCCUAUUGUCUGCAAUCUUUGGCAUUCCCAUGGCUCUUAUCUGGGGCAUUUAUUUUGCCAUUUUGUCAUUCUUCCACAUCUGGGCUGUGGUGCCUUGUAUCAGAAGCUACCUAAUUGAAAUCCAGUGCAUUGGCCGAGUUUAUUCUAUCUUUGUCCAUACCUUCUGUGACCCAUUCUAUGAGGCUGUUGGCAAAAUGCUGAGCUUUAUCAGAGUAACAGUACGAAAGGAAGCAUAAAUGACAUUUCAAGGAGCUGAAGAAAUGAGUUUUUCCUCCCCCUUCCUUCAUAGAUUGAUGCCAGUCUCAAGGCCUCCAUAAAUUAAUAAAGUGACCGGCACUUAACAGCAUCACUCCAAAAAAAAACAAAAAAAAAAAAAAAAACCAACCAACUUGAAUGCAGCAAAUAAUUCCUUUUUUAACUUUCUUUGCUACUUAAUCCUUCCUGGAUUUAUGCUAUUUACUUUUUUUCAGGAGGAAAGUCAAUUUGCAUUAAACAAACACAAAUUAAAUAGCUGCUCGUCCAUUUUACCUGCUUGUUGUUUUGCUGACCUUUGAUGAAUGUUCUGUUUUGCUUAACCCUUCCAUUCAUUUGUUGCAAAUUAAACUCACAUUGAUUAUAAUGCAGAACUGCAAAUACGCUUUCCAGCACUUUCACGCUGCUCUUCAUUUUACUGUGAGUAAAAGAGGUAUAAAAGCUACUGCAGCGUAAUGCACAUGGCAACAAGCUGGCAGACGUCAACAGAAUGUUCCUUUUAUAGAUGUAUUGUCAGAUGACUGUAGCGCUUUACUGUAGUGACCAUAUCUAAUUGCCACACACAGAUUUAAAGAAAUGACUACUGUAACAUAUGUGCUGAGAAAAGGAGAUCAAGUGUCUUUAAAAAGACAAAGCUUUCAAUUCAAAUAACUGGGCAUGUUGACAAAAAGCUACUAGUGCUCCUUCUGUCUUAUCUUGUGGUCCCCAUGAGAGAGUAUUUGGAUUAUAAAUAUAUAAUAUAUGUCACUAAGAGAAAAUGUAAAGGGUGGCCUUAAUGCUUUGCUUUAACCAAAUAAUUUAUGAAACCCUGGUGACACUUGCAUGCGAAGCUUCAUGCAAAGAAUGGACCCUUUUCCUUGAAAUCUUCUUAACUAGAAAUGGCAGGAUCUGAACAGAUAGCUCUUUAGAAAUACAACACAAUUUUAUCUUUGAAGAAAGACUUCUAAAACUUUCCAUAUAUAAACCAAAAGUCAAGGUAGGAAUCUGGUUGGAUUUAUUUUCUGAAAAUGCUUCUAUCAAGAAAAUCCUUAUGGCGUGCACAUAUUGAAAGUUAAAUUAUCCCUAGAUUAAAAUAACAAGGACACUUGUGUUUAAUUUUUUUAGCAUCAUUCUUAAGAACAGAUGUUCUAACUAAUUUAAACAAAACUUACUACAAAGGGUCUAAUUGUUCUCUUAAAAGUAGAUAGCAAGGUAUGUACAAAUUGUGUUGAAUCAUGCCAACUAUAAAUUGGAUUUUAAGAGUGAUUUGGCUGUUUUCUAUGAGAGACAGUUUGAAGAACCUUUAAAACAAAUGCAUUAAAUCCAAGCAAAUUCCCAAGUCUGCUAGUCCUGUUUACACAUUGCUAACUUUUCCCUAAUCAACCAUACAAGUGGUUUGGGCAGCACUAUGUUACGGUUCACCUUUCCCUCCCACCCCUUCUCAACUGAGCUAUACAUAAUUCAAGGAGCCUUCCAGGUGCAUAAAACUGUACAAAAGAUACAGAAAUAAAGCAUUUAUCGCGUUAUUUAAUAUCGUGUUGCAGAAUCUUUACUGUCACCACAGUGACAAUGAAGUGAGAGGUUAGUUUUUGCAUGAAUGUGCUGCUUUCCUAUUAAACAGGAUGAGCUUUCUUAAAUAUAAAACUGAGGAAUUUCAAAGUGUGUUCAGCUUUUGUUAGAAACUAGUUACAAAGUUGGCUUGCUUGAAUCUAGAAUAGGUUCCAGGUACAGUCCUAAGCAUAAUUAUUAAUAAUGCCCUAGCUAGUUUUUUUUAAUUGUCUGAUUGCUUCAAUCUGUCAAUUUUUUCAAUGCAAGCCUAAGCAUAUUCAUUAAGAGAUUGGUCUCCAUCAACUGAGGAAGGCAAGUGCUGAUCCCAAACAUGUUGCUUAUCUGAACUGGAGCUCAAAUGGCACCUCUCUUCUCCUACACCAACCUAAAGUUGCCCCUGUAUAAUAAAAUUAAAAAUCCACUCGUCUCUCCUCAACACUUCAUUCUGCUACGUGACAGGACCAGUCCUGAAGGGUAAAUGAAACUAACAUACCAAAAUUGCUUGGAUGGUCUGUAAAUGCCUUGCUUUUUGCUAAUACAGGUUUUACUAAGAAUAACCUUGGUGUCCUUCAUUAAAUUACAUUUCUAACACAUUAAAUAAUUAGUUGAUAGAUUUAUCUUUCAUGUCCACGUGCAUUGAUACAGGAUCAUAGCAGCUCAUUAUUUGGAAUAAAGGAUGAGCAUUUUAUUCACAGUAGGCAAUUGUUGCAGUAGAUACAGGUGUAGAAUUGUUUUUCUUUUAUUACUAUCCUAUGCUAAUAAUAUAUUUAUAUCCCAACUAAACUUUGUGGGGAGUGGAAUAAUCUUUCUCAAAGUAGUACACUCCACAUGUUUUGAACUCUACUUCCCAUAAAUUCCAUCCCCUAGAAUGCUGGUUAGGAAUUAUGGAAACUGAAGUCCAGGAGUUGAGGACCUUAAGCUAUGGAAUGCUGGUAUGGAAUGUGGAAGUAGUGUUUAUUCAUGUGUUUUGCUCAAAAAUGGUUAAUAUAAAAUGUAUUCAUUUCAUGACAGGUUGAACAUGUAGUCCAGACCAUUGAGAUGAGCUUGAAAUAACAUGAAGUAAUGAGAAUGUAGUUAUAUACAGUUUGCUCAAUAAAUGUAACAUUGCAAUAAUUCUGUUGGCCAAGAAAUUAGUAGACGAGCCCUGUUAGUGAAGUGAUUAAAAUAUCAGUAUUGCAAGCAAACUCUGAGCACAGCCUAGCGUUCAGUCCUGAUAGGGCUCAAGGUUGAGUCAGCCUUCCAUCUUUCUGAGGUCAGUAAAAUGAGGACCCAGAUUGUUGGGCUGAUAUGCUGGCAUUGUAAAGUGCACAGAGAAUGCUGUAAAACACUAUGGUGCAGGAUAUAAGUGCAAUUGCUACAAGCACUAUAGAAUAUUACCCACAAAUAUCAGUUUUACCCAGGAGCAAAUCCCUAUAAAAUUUCAAUCAGCUUUCAGUACUGUAACUCUAAACAUUAGAAGUAGACAUUUUAUAAAAGUGCUUUUGUGUGUGUUUUGAACACCAGUUUUUGAAAUAUAAAUAACUUUAUAUGUUUUCCUUUUGCAUUUAAAACAUACACUGGUCUGGCAUAAUUUUUAUAAUGUACAUAAAUAAGAUAUAUUAUUUAGAUAGAUAGAUAUAUCUAUAUAAGUUGUAAUACAGCAACAGCACACUUUUUGUGAGAAUGUAAACAUAUUUUAGUUUUAUAUAAUUAAAAAAAACACUUUGAAAUAUAUUGCCUAGAAUGGUAUAUUCAGAAAGUGCAUCUCAAAGCAAAUGACAUUAUUGAUCCAAGAUAUUCACAUAUGCUUACAAGAUGUAACUGCCAUUUUUUUUAAUUCUGCAUGUUCAAUAGCCAUGGUUACAAUCUGCACAAUAAAAGCUGUUUUAAUACAAA